ACUUUCUGGUUUAGUGGAAUCGAUGAAAUUGGUGGUUGCUUAAUUUUUUUUUUAACAUGAAUGAAAUGCGAUUUUGAAUUUCGAUUAUGAGAGGGAGGAAAAAGCCAGUUCUACGAUGGUGGUUCAUGAUUUAAAUGACAUGAGAGAAUCUGCUACUAUUAGAGCAAAUCAAUUGCUUGGAAAUCUGGGUAGCUUUUCAAGGAGAUGCAUAUUUCGUGUUCUGUCCAUGGGUCCUAUCCCCAACCAUCUUGCCUUUAUCAUGGACGGGAAUAGGAGGUAUGCAAAAAAGCGAAGCCUGGAUGAAGGGGCUGGACAUACGGCUGGAUUUUUGGCUCUGAUGUCCAUUCUUAAUUACUGCUAUGAAUUGGGGGUAAAGUACAUAACUGUUUAUGCCUUUAGCAUUGAUAAUUUUAAAAGACGGCCUGAGGAGGUUCAUUCCCUGAUGGAUUUGAUGUUGGAGAAGAUUCAAGAAUUGCUCAAGGAAGAGAGUACUGUCAAUCAGUAUGGUGUCAGGGUAUAUUUUAUAGGUAACUUGAAACUUCUGAAUGAACCUGUCAGAGCUGCUGUAGAAAAGUUGAUGAGGGCCACUUCCAACAACACUAGGAUUGUGCUUCUGGUUUGCGUGGCCUAUACUUCAUCCAAUGAGGUUGUGAAUGCUAUCCAGGAAUCUUGCAGAGAUAAACAAAACAAAAUUCAAGAAUUGAGUCCCCAAAAAUAUUGCAAUGGUGUGACCAUGCCUGGCAUUCAAGUGUCCUACCAUGAUUUGCUGGUUGCAUCAAAAGCACUAAAUGGAAGUAGAGAUAGUGAUUCUUCGACUGAAGGAGGUAAACUGAUUGAGAAGAAUGAUGGUGAGAGUUUGCAAACUUUAAAAGAAAGACAUGAAAAUGAAGGUGAGGAAGUUCGAGAACCAAAUGCUAUAGAUGUUGGCAGUGGUAAGAUUAGCGGGUUUGAAGAUAUUAAGAAGCAGGAACAUACUCUGAUAAAUAUGGUAGACAUUGAGAAGCACAUGUACAUGGCAGUGGCACCCAAUCCUGAUGUGCUGCUUCGAAGUUCUGGAGAGACCCGCUUGAGCAAUUUCCUAUUAUGGCAGUCUAGCAACUGCCCACUGUAUGCUCCUUCUGCAUUGUGGCCUGAGAUUGGUCUAUGGCAUCUGAUACGGAUGGUAUUAAUCUUCCAACGUAACUAUUCUUAUUUGGAGAAGAAGAAGAAGCAAAUUUGAUAUCUACAGCAUCAUAGGACAAUCUCGUGCGUAGUAGAUUACAACAUGGAGCAUGUGAUGCAUUCUGCUGUUUGCGCUCAGUUGAUGCUACCGUCUGUCUGCAAUCUAGUCCGUGGGAGUUGCUUUAGACUUUCACAGGUCAAGCAUGGAGAUAUUCAUGGGUGCUUCCUUCCUCCAUCAUAUUCUUUCGGGCUGGGUUUAGCAGGGUAGCUUCUCUUCUAACCUUACCAACAUGGAUGAAGGCAUACUUCGAUUCAAUAAAAAAUUCAUUUUGCAGAACAAUAAAAGUUCUUGAAUUUAAGGAUUCUGGCACCAGAUCUAGCAACUCAUUAGUCAUAUUUUUCUGCUUCAGCUCAUGACAUUGUCUCGUAACUUCUCGUUGCAUAGCUAUCUUUUGUAUACUGUAUCACGUUUUUAUUGGUAAUGUCUCAAUAGUCAUGAAGUUCUUUGUUUUAUUGGAAUAUCGAGAAUAAUACCUGACAUUCAAGUGC